AUGCACGCGGAAGAGACUAUAGUCAGUCCACCAGCAGUCGCGCCUGCCCUGCGAGGAGGAGCAAAACUCAAGCAACGACGCUCCCGGAAGGCGUGUCAGCAUUGCCAUACUCGUAAGAUCCGAUGUAACGUCCUCGAAGGCGGCACGCCCUGCUCCAACUGCGUCGACGCAGGCACGACCUGUGUCAUACGACGCCGGAAGAACCAACGACGGGACAGCACUCCUCCUCAGGAGGCCCAGCAGGCGGCUGUAUUGGAACAGCAGUCGCACAGUUGGAGAGUACCAACGCCAUCUGUGACGCGUUCGUCAGCCAACAUACCCUCGACGGCGUGGGCAUCCGACAACACGGUGGAUCGUCGACCCAGCGUGGCGACGACUAACUCGAACCAAAAUGGCUACUCUUUACAGAAUCAGUCGCAAUCAUCAGGCUCACCGACCACCGCUGAUGGCCAGCUGUGGCAGGAGUUGCAGUCUAGUAACUUUCCUUGGGAUCCCAGCAUGGUGGAAGCAUCGUCAGCAAGCUGCGACUUCAGCCACUUGACAGAUCUGGACGACAUCUUCACCUUUACUGGGAAUUCAUUCAUGCCCGCUAUACCCACGCCCGGACAAGACUUCCCGCUGCCGCAGACAUAUCCUCCACAUCACCUGAGCGCUCCUUCCCUUCUACCCAGCCCAAAUGGGCUGGCUCUCAGUGGAGAUCCCCAUGUGCCGCCUCGGAGAUCUUCGACAGUGCAGAUACCAGGACUAAAUCCUCGCGAUCAAGAGUAUCUGCGUGUCGAGGGAUGCUUCGAGCUACUUCCCCCUCAUGUGCUGAAGCCCAUGAUGCGCAUGUACUUCCGCAUGGUGCAUCCCAAUCUCCCCAUCGUUCCAGAAGACCAAUUCUGGGCACUGUGGGAUGGAGAUGAGUUUCGAGUGGGAGAUUACUCCUUUCUCUUGUUGAGAGCAAUGAUAUUUGCAGCCACAUGUUAUGCCGAGCUUGACACGCUCUCCAGCGUUGGGUUUGUCAGCAAGCGCGAGGCCAGAAACACCCACUAUCGCCAGGCAAAGCUUCUGUACGAUUUCGGUAUCGAACGGGAUCCAGUCGCGAACGCUCAAGCCUGCCUAUUACUAUCCUACAAUGCACCCAAUUACAAUCUCCUCCGACUAAACACAUACUGGGUAACAAAUGCCAUCCGCUUCGCCAGAAUCGUCAGGGCCGAUAGUUAUUACCGAAUCAAGGAUCCCACGCGUUCUCGACUGCUGAAGAGGAUCUGGUGGGGUGUAAUCCUCAGAGAUCAUAUCCUCUCACUGGGCUUACGUCGAUCGAUCCAGGAGCCGUUGACCAACGAUUGGGAUACCGAAAAGCACAUACUGUCCGCAGAAGACUUCCAGUCAGAAAUAGGAAAUUCUCCGGUUCACGACGCCGAUACUCAACUUCGCAUCUUAAAAAUGGUCGCCACUACCUGCCGACUUAUGCAGUGUAUUUCCCAAACGUGCCGAAUCCUGUACGCGCACGAACGCCUAGAUGACCGUCUCGAAUUUGCAUCCCGUGACCUUCCAGCCGUCGUAACAAACAUACAACAAUCGCUCGAUUCACUCCGUCUCUGGCACGACCAAGCAAUCCGAACCUUUCCCUUUCCUAUCAGUCUUGACGACGCUCCCGAAGCCAUAUGCGUGUACGCAAAUAUGAUGUUCUCAUAUCAUGCCUCUGCAGUCUUUGGCCUCAAUACCUACCUCAUCCUACUUCGCGAAGUCUUCCCAACUCCCACUACGCAAUCUCUUUUCUCCGUCUCCGACGCUGCUCAAGCCAUGGAAGCAGCGAACAAUGACGUGUCACGUCGCACACAAGAACUGGUUCAAGUUCGUUUGGUCAAAUUUCUCCCUAUUAGUGCGUCAGCUGUAUUGGCGCUGCCGUUGAUAUUGCAGGCUAUCAAUGUCGCUGCGGCGAGAGGUUCGGGCAUGGAAGCUGUGGAGAUUCGUCGUUUGGAUGUCUUCACCAGGACGUUGAAGUCUCAACAGCAGAACUUUGAUGGAUCGGAUUUCUGCGCGGAUGUCUUGGCGAAUAUUGUCGCUUAUGCUCAGGAUGAUAGCAAGUUUGUCAAUUCGAUGACUGCUCGCAGAGAAGACAGCAGUUCUUCUUCCAUGAUGAGGAAGGAUAUGAUGAAUGGAAAUGAGAAUGUUCAUGGGAUAUCUGGUUUGGGGCGUUCUAGUGGUGGCGGUGGACCAGGCGGAAAGUUGAAGCUUGACUGGGGGAAUUUGGUUUUUAAGAGACCGAGGUUAUUCUUGAGGUUGGUUUUGUAUAUUGAUUUGGCGUUGUGCACUGGUGGACCACCACAGGACGAGGAUUUCCCUCCGGAAUUGCAAAGGGGUGCUGCGUGAUGGAAUGCAAAUGUGAAUGAGUGACAGCUGGUGUGCAUACGAAUCAUUUAUCGCGUAUUGGAUAAUGGAUGAUGUAGCAGUGGGAAAACAAGAC